UGGGCAUCAUCGGGCCCCGCCCGCCCGGCGUCUGCGCUCCUGUCAGAGCCGGCUCCAGCCAUGGUGCUGCCCAGUGUUUUGUAAGUUGGCAGCGGAGGCUCGGGACGUGGCGCAGGUCCCGAUGGCGGCUGCGGCGGCCCUGGCGGCGGCCGACCCUGCACCCGCGGUGCCGCAGGCAGCGGGCAGCGGAGGUCCGGCCUCGCGCAGAGACCUGUACUGGCUGCGUUCCUUCCUGGCUGGAGGUAUUGCUGGGUGCUGUGCCAAAACCACAGUUGCUCCUUUGGAUCGAGUAAAGGUCUUAUUACAAGCUCACAACCACCAUUACAAACAUUUAGGGGUACUGUCUGCACUGCGUGCUGUUCCCCAAAAAGAAGGAUACCUUGGAUUGUAUAAAGGAAAUGGUGCAAUGAUGAUUCGAAUCUUUCCCUAUGGUGCAAUCCAGUUCAUGGCAUUUGAGCAUUACAAAACGUUCAUUACUACAAAGCUGGGAGUUUCUGGUCACGUGCACAGAUUAAUGGCUGGAUCCAUGGCAGGCAUGACAGCAGUUAUCUGCACUUACCCUCUUGAUGUGGUUAGGGUGCGUCUAGCCUUCCAGGUGAAAGGAGAGCACACCUAUUCAGGGAUCAUUCAUGCAUUCAAGACAAUUUAUGCUAAGGAAGGUGGUUUCCUUGGAUUCUACAGAGGUCUGAUGCCUACUAUAUUAGGAAUGGCUCCAUAUGCAGGUGUGUCCUUUUUUACCUUUGGUACCUUGAAGAGCGUUGGGCUUUCCUAUGCUCCCACCCUGCUUGGCCGACCUUCGUCUGACAACCCCAAUGUCUUAGUUUUGAAAACUCACAUCAACCUACUUUGUGGUGGUGUUGCUGGAGCAAUAGCACAGACGAUAUCCUACCCAUUUGAUGUGACCCGCCGGAGAAUGCAGUUAGGGACAGUCCUCCCGGAGUUUGAAAAGUGCCUUACGAUGCGGGAGACCAUGAAGUAUGUUUAUGGACACCAUGGGAUUCGGAAAGGAUUGUAUCGUGGCUUAUCUCUGAACUACAUCCGAUGUAUUCCCUCUCAAGCUGUGGCUUUCACAACCUACGAACUUAUGAAGCAAUUUUUCCACCUUAACUAAAAGAUGAUGGUUUUCCUCAGUAAAUUCUCAGAAGGAAAUAUAUAUAAAUGUUACCUUACUUGUGAGGGAAACAUUACUUGAAGGGGACGUUGGCCCUGUCACAGGAACCACUGGGGUUUUAAUUUUUAAUGCUUGAUUUCUGUUUUUGUUUUCUUUUUGUUUUUUUGUUUGUUUGUUUUUUCUUUUUUUUUCUUUUUUUCUUCCUUUUUUUUUUUUUUUUUUUCAAGACAGGGUUUCUCUGUGGCUUCGGAGGCUGUCCUGUAGACCAGGCUGGUCUCGAACUCCCAGAGAACUCCCAGGACCAUACUGUAGCUUGCCUCUGCCUCCCAAGUGCUGGGAUUAAAGGUGUGCCCCACCAUUGCCUGGCUUUUCUGAUGGAUUUUAAAUCAUAGAUCAAAAGUGCUGAGCAUAAUUUUGUUUUUGUUUUCUUUUUGAUGGGAUCUAGAUAUAUAACCCUGACUGGCUUAGAACUCACUGUGGAGACCUGGCUGGCCUCAGUCUUGUGGCAAUCUUCUUGCCUCUGACUCCCAAGUACUGAGAUUCUUCUAGGCAAGUGCCACCAUGCCUGAUCUAACUGUAAUUUUUAAUGCCAAACACUAUACCUUAGAACCCUGAAAAAUCAUCUUACACUGAUGAUGGUAACCUGUUGAUUAUUUGAAAGUACUGUUUGGAAGGAGAGGUAGGUUCAUAUUGGAGUUCAAGAGAUUGUCAUUAGUUUCACCAUACUUCUUAACUGUUAUUGAGGUGGGAAGGGACUAGAAUCAAAUCUAGGGCCUUUUGCAUGCCAAGCACAUGUUGUAUCCACUAAAGCUACAUCCCCAGCCUGUAAUCAUGAUUGUCAUUUUUUUUUCUUUUUUUCAAUGCUGGGGGGAUUGAGCCCAUGGCCUUGCACGUUCGAGGCAAGCACCAUACCACUGAGCUACUUCCCUGACCCUUUUCUUUUUUAGUGAGGUGCUGGGGACCAAACUCAUGCAUGCUGAUUGCACACUUCCAAUGGCCUACACCCAUAGCCCUCUAACAUUGCUUGUUACCCCCUCCAUCCUUCCGUUCCUUGAGCUGGGGAGUAAACUCAGGGUCUCUCUCGCCUAUCUUGGUAGAUAAGCACUCUACCUCUGAACUACAUCUCCAGCACUCUGUCAUUUUAUAGUGUUCUUCAAUCGGCAGACUUAGUUUAUUGUAGCAGAAUGAGAAAUGAAUAUUCAAGUUCUGUGAAACAUAGCCAGCAACAAAGUAGUGUUCCUGUUAUGUUUCUUCUUAGAAUUCUUCUCCAGUUGAUAAAAGGACAUCCUUUCCUCCGUUGUUUUGAAAAGUUUUUCUUUAUUUUUAUUUUUCUUUUUUGGGGGAUCAAUCUAGGACCUUAUACAUCCCAGGCAUGUGGUGUACCUACGACUGAGCUGCAUCCUCAGCUCUCUUCAUUUCUCAAUAAAAUUAGUAUUGUUUUUAAAAAAGUAGAGACUUAAUCAGGUUCUAUUCAAAUGCUAUUACCGGGUACUUUGAUUUUCAUGAUUUAAAAAGCCACUGUAUUUCCCAAAGGUAGUAAUAAUGAAAAUGAAAUAUCUCUGCUAUUAAAAGGAGACUAACAUUGUAGAUUUUUGUCUUAAACCACUUGAUGUGUAACUAGAAAAUUUAAGUGGACCAUGAAUAUAAGUGAAGCAUUGUUUCUAAGAUAUUAUAUCGAGAUACAAGUUCUUCCAUGUAAAGUAAGUUUAUGUGUUAUACUCCUGAGUGUAAAUAUAAUACAUGCUUUGGUUGUUACAUUUUAAAGAAGGUUGUUUAGAAUAUAAGGAGUCUGAUCAUUUUGUUAGAGCACUUUUUCUCUGUUGUCGUAAGCAUGGCACAUGGAGUAGAACUGGUAGACCCUCUGUCUUUAGAGGUAGUGAUUUGUAGAAUUGAUGUGAUUUUUAAGACAUUAAAUCUAAGCUGCUAAUGUUAUUUCUGCUUCUUUUUUUUUUUGCCUGUAAAGAUUUCUUGUCAUAUCUUGGUAAAAAUUGGAUGCAUUUGUUUCAUUUUUAUUAUCUUUAAAAAUGAACCUGUACUUUGUGACUUUAAGUGUACCAGGAGUGGGGAUAAAUCUGUUUAUAAAGCUCUUUUGUAUAUUUUUAAUUUCUGGACCAUACUGUAGCUAAUUAUUCCAUUCAAUCUUAAGGUAAUUUAAACCUAUAAAAUAAAUAUCUCAGUUAUAUUAUCAAUAAAAGAGAACUGAAAAUAUUU